AAUGGUCUCUUAUCUCCUUAUCAUUUUCGACAGAAGAAAUUUUUUUCGACUGCUAAAAUCCAAGAAUUCUCUCAAUCGAAAUUCACAACAAACACAGAGAAAUAAUCAAAACAAACUGAGCAAAAAAGAACAUAACAAUUCCAUGAACUUUAAUUAACAUUAAUAAUUAAUUUAUUUUAAUUUGAUUUUUGGUAGAACAGUGAACAGUUGUAGAAAUGGAUUUCGAUGAUGAGUUUUACUUUGAAGAAGAUAAAAAGGGUAUGACAAUUACGUCUGGCAAUGUAGUUAUACAAAAAGAUAACAAUAAUUUGGUUGGUAUAUCAAUUGGUGGUGGUGCACCAGAUUGUCCUUGUAUAUAUAUAGUUCAAGUAUUUGACAAUACACCAGCUGCUAAAGAUGGAACUCUACAAUCGGGUGAUGAAUUAUGUGCAAUUAAUGGUGCACAAGUAAAAGGAAAAACAAAAGUUGAAGUUGCUAAAAUGAUUGAAUUAUGUGAUACACAAGUUAGUAUCAAUUAUAAUAAAUUACAUGCUGAUCCAAGACAAGGUAAAACACUUGAUAUUGCAUUGAAAAAAGUUAAACAUCGUUUAGUUGAAGGUAUAGGAAGUACAACAGCUGAUGCACUUGGUUUAUCACGUGCUAUUUUAUGUAAUGAUGCAUUAGUACAACGUUUAGUUGCAUUACAACAUACUGAAAAUAUUUAUAAAGGUCUUGUUAUGCAUGCAAAAUCAAUGUUAUAUACAUUUUUUGAUUUAACAAAAAUAUAUAAAAUAUUUGGUGAUACAUUUGCUGCAAUUGGUGUACGUGAACCACAACCACGUGCAAGUGAAGCAUUUAGACAAUUUGGUGAACAACAUAGACAAAUGGAAAAAUUAGGUGUUAAUAUGUUAAAAACAUUAAAACCAAUAUUAAAUGAUUUAGGUACAUAUCUUCAUAAAGCAAUACCAGAUACAAAAUUAACAAUAAGUAAAUAUGCUGAUGCAAAAUUUGAAUAUUUAUCAUAUUGUUUAAAAGUUAAAGAACUUGAUGAUGAAGAACAAAGUUAUGCAACACUUCAAGAACCAUUAUAUCGUGUUGAAACUGGUAAUUAUGAAUAUAGAUUAGUAUUAAGAUGUCGACAAGAAGCUAGAAUUAAAUUUGCAAUGCUUAGAUCAGAUGUUCUUGUUAAAUUAGAAUUAUUAGAUAAUAAACAUGUACAAGAUGUUGUUUGGCAACUUCAAAAAUUUGCAUCUGGACUUGCUAAAUAUUAUUCACAAACAAGAGAUAUACUUGCUGAAUCAACAUUAUUUCCAGUUGAAGUUGAUAUAUCACAGUCUGCAUUUCAAUAUACCUCAACUGGACCACAAAAUUACAAUGAAAAUGAUGACACUGAUGAUGCCGACUGUACAAAUACACCAAAUACAAAUAACAAUGAUUUUGAAAAUUUACUUUUAAACACUGAUCAGGCUUUUUUUGAAUCACGAUUCAGUGAUCUACAGUGAUUUUUUUUCUAUGUUCUUUUAAAAUUAUUUCGAAUCAUUCCAAAGAUUUGGUAGAAAUACCAUUAGUCACUAAAUUAUAUAUUUAUAAAUCAAGUAUAAUUAUUAUGUUUAUUAAAUGAUAAUAAAAAAAGAAUUUGAAGAUUUUAAAAACAAUAUGACUAGAAAUAUUUGUUGUGUUUUAUAAUUAUAAAAUUUAAGCAAAGUAAUAUAAAAUAUCUGUGAAAAAUUAGCUGGAACAAUCAAUAAGUAUCAAUUGAAAAAACCUGGUCUAUUUUUUAGUGGAUCAGACAAAAGUGCAGUUAAACAACAAUUAAAUUAAUUGCUCAUCAAUCAUUAUCAUCAACAGACAAAAAAAAAAAGCUGUUGUUAUUUAUUUUAAAUUAUUUAUUUAUAAUAUUUUAUGUAUCUACAAGUUAGAUAAUCAAAAUAAAUGACAUAUUUACAAGCAAU